CUCUUCGAAAUGUUUGACAGGAACAUCAUCGCUUUCUGUCUCUUCAAUCCCAUUGUCUGGUUCUUCAUAUGUUACGUCGUCGUAUUAGUAUCUAGAUAGAGAGAGAAUGGAGAUGGCGAGGUUAUGGUGGGAAGGACAUGGAGUUGCGUUAGCAUACACAUUAUUUAUACUUCAUUUCGUAUUGAUUUGCCAGCUCUUACUUCUGCAGCCUCUUGUUUCUGCUUUAGAUGGUAAAAGUGGUAGUCAUGCAGAGUUAUUUGAAAGAGUGGAGCAAAGUGUAAAAGUUAAACGUUACAGCGAAGCGCUUAAUGAUCUUAAUGCUGCCAUUGAAUCAGAUCCAUCUCUUUCUGAAGCUUACUUUCGUCGCGCUUCUAUUCUUCGUCACCUUUGUAGAUAUGAGGAAUCAGAAAAGAGUUAUACAAAAUUAUUGGAGCUAAAGCCGAAGCAUUCAGUUGCUGAAAAGGAGCUUUCUCAAUUAAAUCAGGCUAAGAGUGCUUUGGACACUGCUUUUUCUUUAUUUGAUUCGGGUGAUUACACGAAAUCUCUCGAAUAUGUUGAUAAAGUUGUACUUGUUUUCUCUCCAUCUUGCUCAAAGGCCAAGCUCCUAAAGGUUAGAUUGUUGUUAGCAGUUAAAGAUUAUUCUGCUGUCAUCUCUGAAUCUGGAUUUAUUCUCAAAGAAGAUGAAAAUAAUUUAGAGGCAUUAUUGCUUCGUGGGCGUGCCUACUAUUAUUUAGCUGAUCAUGAUGUUGCUUCUAAGCAUUACCAGAAAGGUCUUCGCCUUGAUCCAGAACAUAGUGAGCUGAAGAAAGCUUAUUUUGGAUUGAAAAAUUUACUUAAGAAGACUAAAAGUGCAGAAGAUAAUGUGAAUAAGGGCAAGCUGCGUGUAGCUGUAGAGGACUAUAAAGCAGCUCUUGCAUUGGACCCUAAUCAUCUAGCACAUAAUGUUCAUCUCCAUCUAGGCUUGUGCAAGGUAUUGGUCAAGCUUGGCAGGGGUAAAGAUGCUCUGGAUAGCUGCAAUGAAGCACUUAACAUAGACGGGGAGCUUCUUGAAGCUUUAGUUCAGAGGGGUGAAGCUAAACUCUUAACAGAGGAUUGGGAAGGAGCUGUUGAAGAUCUAAAAUCAGCAGCUCAGCAAUCACCUCAGGAUAUGAAUAUACGAGAAGCAUUGUUGCGAGCAGAGAAAGCUUUGAAAAUGAGCAAAAGACAGGAUUGGUAUAAGAUUUUGGGAGUAUCGAAGACAGCAUCUAUAGCUGAGAUCAAGCGGGCCUACAAGAAGCUUGCUCUGCAGUGGCACCCAGAUAAGAAUGUUGAUAAAAGAGAGGAAGCAGAGGCCAAGUUCCGCGAAGUAGCUGCAGCUUAUGAGGUUCUUGGAGACGAAGAGAAACGUUCAAGAUAUGAUAGAGGAGAAGACAUAGAAGAAAUGGGAAUGGGUGGCGGAGGUGGCGGUUUCAACUUUGGUGGUGGGGGGCAACAAUACACUUUUCAUUUUGAAGGAGGAGGCUUUCCUGGGGGGUUUGGUGGAUUUGAUGGAGGCUUUCCUGGUGGUGGUUUUCAAUUCCAUUUUUGAUAUCAGUGAAGCAUGGGGUUUUCUUCUCAUGAUACUGUCCUAACUCCAACUUGACUAACACAAAGACACGUAAAUCUUAGGCAUUUAAAGAGGCUCUUUUAGAUGAUUGAUAUAUCCCGUUAGAAAGCUUUUCCCCUGGAAUUUGUAUUUGAUUCAUAAAGUAAAUUCUUGAGCUCAUUCAUUUAUAUAUUGCAAUUUUGCCCUA